AUGCCAAAACCUACCAGCGACGCCAUGAGGGCGAGCAUAGGCAAACGUGGACGUUUGUCUAUUCUGAUGACGUUGCUGUGGUCAAGCAUCUCUCCGGACGGUUUUGCAACAGGCGGACAGCACCCGCUAAGCACAUUGCGUGAGCGGAAGGGGCUGGCGCUAAGCCAGAGAUCCGGUCCUAUCGAUGGUGAGUUGAGUAAGGAGGGGCAACGUAUCUUGUCUCUGAUUUGUGAGGCACGAGAGAGAGGAGAUUGGCGACAAGUGCGACAGGUUUUUGCCACCUCGACCAGCAGUGAGAUCCAAAUUUUCAAUGCCGUCAUGCAAGCCUCUAUUGCGUGCAAUCAGAACGAGCACGGUGCCCAAAUCUACGACAGCCUUUGCAACCUUGGUAUCAACAAAACUGCGACAUCAUACACAGCAGCUAUAAGAAUCUUUACAAGCCUUGGUCGCAUGCACAGGGUGCGCGACAUCUGGACAGAGGCCAUCAGCACAUGUCAACUUGAUGAGCCUCUUGGAGCUGCUCGCAUCGCUGCAGCUGCGACUGAAGGAGAUGUCGAAUCAGCCGCAGUGGUUCUGGACCAGAUGAAUGGAAGCAGCGUUGACAUAAAUGUAGCGCAUCUCUCAUCUGCCCUUCGUGCUUGUUGGCAAGCGGAAGGAAAUCACCACAAUGCUGCCAAGUACCUCUUCCAAGUAUUGCUGGACCUGGAUUUGCAGCCCAACAUUGUCACAUUUACGAACUUGACCCAAAGAGCCCAAUAUUGCUUAAUUAAGCAAUAUACCUUAAAUCAUAUAGGGGCCCUUAAUAUGAUUUAA